AAGGGUAGACAUACAGCAAUUAUACAACGUACGGCCAUUUCUCGAUUUAGUAGUCAACAUGGACUUUUCAGACGACAAGGUAAGGGCGGAACUUCACAGGUGAUGAACGUAGCCGUAAAGGACCAUCAUCAUGAUACACAUGCGAUACCGCCCAAAUUCAUCCAAGAGCAAUAUUGGCAUUACAACAAGGUCAAAAUCUCGGAUCUGGAAAAUGAUGAGAGCGUCGUGAACUGGGAUAAAGGUCUAAGCGAGGAGCAAGCAAAAGUGAUCAAGCCUGUUAGCAAGAUCUCCAAAAUUGCGAUUGAAAACGCCUGCAUUGCGUUCAGAAAUGCGGCGUUGGGCACAGAAGGAGACGAGUCGCUGCUUGAGACAGAAAUUGAGGACGUGACAGUGUACGAGCACACAGACUUUCCAGGUCUGCAAAUAGCGCCGGGGAUCUUGCCUCCAGAAACUCAGGUUCUCUGGAUAUCACAAAUCAUGCACAAAUAUAUGGCGAACCCGAAACACAAGAUCAACCUACAAGCAGAUUUUGACAUCGAAUAUCCAAUAUCAGAAGCUGAAAAUCCUGAAGGAACAGAAGCGGAAACUGCAUCUCUCUUCUCCUACGACCCUCAAUCAAUACACUCGACACCAAAAGAUCCAAAAACUCAAAAAUCGCUCAAUAUGGCACAAAUGCUAUCAAGAAAACUACGCUGGCUGACACUGGGAGAGCAAUAUCACUGGCCGACACGCAGUUAUCCCAAAAACGGACCCACGACAUUUCCUUCAGACCUCGGUACUUUAGUCAGCGGCCUCUUCCCACACAUCAGACCAGAAUCUGGCGUAUGUCUGCUAUAUGGACAAAAAGACUACAUGCCCGUCCAUCGCGAUGUCAGCGAACUUUGCGAACGCGGUCUUGCUUCUUUCUCCUUUGGCUGUGAUGGUAUCUUUGUGAUCGCCAGAGGCGAGGAAGAGCUCGCAGAAGGCGAAGAUCCGAAAAAGAGGACUGUGGCUAUCAGAGUCAGAAGUGGCGACUGUGUGCAUAUGGAUGGCGAAAUUAGGUGGGCGUGGCAUGCCAUGCCUCGUACGAUUCCCAACUCUUGUCCGCAAUGGUUGGCGGAAUGGCCUGCGGUCAAGGGCGAUGCGGCGAAGAGGGUUACUGAAAAGGAGCGCAAGGCGUAUCAGCGAUGGAAAGGAUUCAUGGGCACAAAGAGGCUGAACGUCAGUGUCAGACAAGUCUGGGAUUGAACAACAAUUCAGCGGUCGGUAUGUAUGGCAACUUGUCGAUUAAAGACACCUCAAUUCACGAGGAAGAGACGGUCAUUCACAGCACCUCAAGUGUGGCCUAUUGCAUCGUAAAGGAGUGUAAUUGGUCGGUAUUGUAUGUAGAGCAAGCAGAGCAUGUUGAAAUGCGAUGACAAACUUUCAGACAUGAUCGUUGAAGAUCCGGAUGACUUGAUAAUGGAUAACAAAGCAGCAAUAAGAGACGUGGGUGCACCUCUUCUCCUCUCAAUAGUCAUCUCCACGAGAAAUGACCUCUUUGCAAUUAGGUCUUAGCAGGACAGUCUGCUCGAACUGCGCGACAUACGAUCCAGGAAUAUCGACCAGAGGUGCAUAGUCCUCAACUACGCCACUAGCAAUGAGCGAUCUCAUACCAAGGUGGUAGUUCUUGACGCCCAGU